GGAAGGAUGAUGAUACUUAGCUUUCUCCCCACUUAUCCUCUCUUUCUUAUCUCUUCUCUGUUCAGUUUCUCCAAGCCCAUACACCCCCCAUUUGCACACUUUUUAAUACUCUACUUCAUUAUUUCUGUCUUCACAGUUCCCAACCUCACUUUCUCAACUUAAAACUCUUUACCCCUUUUCUCAUUUUUUUCAAAACUCCAUAAUUCGUGUUUCUUUCUGUUCCCUCUUUAUUUCUUCCUCCUACCUCUCUGCUCAACAAACCAAACUCUUCUCAGGAAUGGAGAGUGAGAAAGUAAUAAGCCAUGUCCAAUCAAAUAACAAUUCAUCAGAAGACAACAACAACACAAGGUCAUUUCCUUGUUUAUAUUGUUCAAGAAAGUUUCACAGUUCACAAGCAUUGGGUGGUCAUCAAAAUGCUCACAAGAAAGAAAGGACAGCAGCUAGAAAGAACAAAAGAUCAAUUAUGUCAGCUCACCAUCAUCAUGACUAUGCUACUAACUUCUCUUCAUUACUACCACAAGGCACACCUCUUGUUUUUGCACCUAAUCAUCAUCAUCAUCCCAUUGGCCUUAUAAAUCAUCCUUCUCUUUACAUUACUGCUCAUGCAGCCAACUUUUGCCACUUCCCACCUAGCCAACAACACUUUUCUAGUAGAUCAUUUGGAUCAAAUGGAGCACCAAGAUUUGAAAAUAAUAAUAACACCACGACGAUGCUCUAUCGAAAUCAAUUUGGGAAUUAUAUGAAUAAUACUAAUAGUAACCCUUAUGUGUGCAACGAUGACUUCUUUGAAGAAUGUCAAGAGAACGUACCAACUUUUGUUAAGGACGAAAGAGAUCAGAAGCAGCUUGAUUUGUCACUUCAUUUAUAAUUUCCCUUUUUUUUUUUUAUGGGAUUUUUGGAUUUUAUUUAGAAUGCCCAUCACUUCUUUU